AUGGGACGAGCUUCAUUCGAAUAUGACGAAGUGGGUAAUACAUUUUAUUACGUCUUAGUGUCGUUCUAUGCCAUAAUCCUUCUACCAGCUACGUACUUUUUCCUGCCAACUGGGAAAACAGAGACCGUUAAAAUCGAUGAACACGAUUGCCAGUGUCGUGGCUGCGUGAAAAAGCGCCAACAGAAGGAGGCCAACAAGCCUUGGAAACGUACUAGAACUGUUCUAAGUGUUUUUUUUCUCAUCGUAGCUUGGAUUGUCUUCGCUUUAAUUGUGAAAAAAGUGACAGAAAUCGAAAUCACCCAUGAAGAAUACAAUCCAUAUCAAAUUCUGGGACUCGAUCAAAAGGCUUAUCGAGAACUUUCGAAAAAAAUGCAUCCCGAUCGGGGAGGUGAUGCACAAAUGUUCGACAAGAUUGCGAAGGCUUACCAAGCUCUGACUGAUGACGAAUCUCGUGAGAAUUGGGAAAAGUAUGGAAAUCCGGAUGGUCCCACAGCAACCACAUUCGGUAUCGCGUUGCCAAAAUGGCUUGUAAGUAAGGAGUAUGGUUUAUGGGUACUAGCUUUUUACGGUCUUCUCUUUAUGGUUGUUUUACCUGUUGUUGUGGGUGUUUGGUGGUAUAAUUCGAUCAAAUAUAAUGUCGACAAGGUAUUAUUGGAUACGACGCAGUUGUUUUAUUAUUUCUUGCACAAAACUCCUAAGAUGGAGAUUAACAGAAUGCUAAUGUUACUUGGAGGAUCGUUCGAGUUUUGGAAGCAAUAUAAUAAGGAAAUUAUUGAAAGAGAGUCUGAUGAUGUGGAACUUACUCGACGAAUGAAGUCGCUUCCAAAUCUUGGCGAAAACAAGAAGGAACGACCACUUUCGCUGCCAUAUUCUCUGAAGGCUCGUAUUCUGAUCCACUCACAUCUCUCUCGCAUUCCGCUUGACAAUGAAGGACUUGAGUACGAUCAGCGUUACAUACUUGCUCGAGUGCUACGUCUUACCGAGGAGAUGAUUUCCAUGUCCCAGCAACUAACUUUUUACACGCAGAUAAAAGUUCCUAUAGAAACACUCGACAAUUUGCUUCGACUACAGCCUAUGUUUGUGCAAGCGUUGUGGCCAAAGAACAGUCCACUUCUUCAACUGCCACACAUCACAGAUCAUAAUCUUCCCUAUCUGAGGAAGGGACGCAUUUUUUCUUGCGGUGAUCUCGCGACAAUGGAUAGCGAAAAGAGGCGCGCUCUUCUCAAGUCGCUUUCAGAUGAAGAAUACCGUGAUGUCCUUGUGGUUCUUUCGUCAAUGCCUCGUCUUUCUAUUCAAACUGCUGUAGUCGUGGAAGGAGAGGAUGACGCUCAUGAGGUUACGGCUGGAUGCGUAGUCACGAUCAGAGUAUCACUUACCAGAACAAGCUUGCUUGAUCCUAUUGCAUGUUUCUUUUUCUUACCUAUAGUUCAUAUCCGAGAGGAGCCUGACGGUGACGUAUCUGGUAAUAGUGAUCAAGAGGAUGAGGAAGUUGCAGCUGGUGUCGGAGAUCAUGCCGUCAAGGAAGAGUGCCCCAAAGAAAUCAAGAAGAAGAAGCCCUGGGAGAAGAACCGUCCACAAAAAAAGAAGGGUGGAGGAAAGAAGAAAGCACAGAAGCCUUUAGCAAAGAAGGCUGUUGCAGCAGCAGUUGCACCGGCAUUACUAGUGGACGAUGAUGAAAAGAAGGAAAACAAAACCGAAAAAGACGAUGAUGAUGAGGCAUCAUUGUCAUCGUCAGAUUCACCUCCAAAAUUUGAUGAAAGUGACCCGGACGAUGACUGGAGCGCACAUUCAGUCAAAAAGGUUGAAAUGCGGUUCUCGGCACCACCACUCAAAGGCGUUUAUCACUUUCAACUAUCUGUUCGAUCCGACUCUUAUAUGGAUUGUGAUUACAACAAAGACAUCAAGCUGGAAGUAAAAGAAGCGAAAGAAAUUGUGCUACCUAAGUACGAGGACACCGAAGAUGAAAAUGAGAAAGUCGCAUACUCAAGUGAGGAAGAGUAUACUGAAGGAUCGGACUCUGAUCAGUAG